GUGUUCCAUAGAUUUUGGUUUGUGCGCUAGCUGUGCCUGUGCUGGCCUGGGUGGGUUUAGCUAGAGAAAGUCAGUCAGCCAGCCAGCUGUCACUUUAUAAAUAUCAAUCAAUUUCAUUCAUUUUUGUUGUUGAUUGUUGUACUUAACUACUAUCUACACAAACUAAUAUUAAAUUGGUUAUAACUUUCAUGAUUUAAAAGUGAAUAAAGAAUACAGUAUCGAAUCAAGGCCUAUUAAAUAUUGAAAUCGGGGCAGAUAUAUCAUAACUAACCUAAAAGCACCCUAAAAGUAAGAAUGUCUGAGGAAGAAAUUGAUAAGUGGUCCAGAGACGAACGUAAUAAAGAUAUGCCAGUUUCACCAAGCUGUUCCAGUUUCGAGGUCUUGGACCCGCAUGAUCCUGUCAUCAGCAGACUUGCCACGCAGUUGUUCAAAAAGACAAAUGACUAUUUGCAAGGGGAAAUGGCUGCAAGUCAGGAUCAUUACAACUUGUUGGAGGAAAUCAACAGGCUGACUAUCAUCAAAUAUGCUGACCUCAGGAACCUAGCUGUCAAUCUAAACAAAACUCUCACGGAAUACAAUGAAAUGUAUGACCAAGUGAUCAAACCUUUGCUGCUUCAAAUAGACGAUAUCGACGCUCAAGUGUCCCGUUUCGAGGUUAAUGCAUAUAGGCUCGACGCUUACACUAAACAACUAAAGGCCAGGUUCAAGGAGCUUGAAGAUAAAUAGUGUGUAAUCAUUGUUAUACCUCAGGUAUAUUGUUCUUGCAAUAUUUUAUAAUUACUAAAGGUCAUAUCGCAUUUAUACCUCCGGUAAAAUGAAGUCCUUUCAAAGUGAGCACUCACUACUAUCGAGUCGAUUCGCAAUAAAGACGCGGCUAACCAAUCACAGUGCGCCAUUUUGACGCGACGGCACCGCGCCCCAAUGUGAUUGGUUAGCUGCGUCUCACUGCGAAUCGACUGCAUACUUUUCAUUGACAAUAACUGGCAGACUGCUCGCUCACGUCUUGUCAAUCUAAAGUGUGUCUACAGGUGACGCUUUAGAGCUCGUUUUCAAUUAACGUUAUUAUACCGGGUGUGCGGUAUAAGUGUGAUGUGACCUGAAAACCUCAUUUACACUAGUAUUUUACAUAAGUUUUACAUCUACGAGCUACUUUUGCGAAUGCAAAUAUUAUGUACAAUGCGCGCCACGAUAGAUGACCUCGCGUUUCCAUAGUUUUCCUGCGCAAUGUUUAGCAAAAUUGCCUAUAAAGGCUGCCACACACCUAAUGCGUUAGCAACACGACGCGUUAUCUGCAGCACGCGUAAUAUACGCGUAAGUUCACUUUGACAGUGUUGCGGACGCGUUGUGCUGCGUUUCCGUUUCCGAUACUGUCGGAUGUCCCGAUGUGAGAUCGCCUACUGCGCAGGUAAACCAUAGACACAAGUCUCACGACGCGCAUUUGACCAAGUGUACUUUAUAAAUAGACAAGUUAUUAUGGACAAUAGGAAUAGGUGACCCUACAAGAUUUAAGAAUUUUCUAAAAUAUGUAUGACUAGCUUCUCCCCGCGGCUUUAAAUAUUAUAAAUGCGAACGCGAGUUUUUUUAUCUCUUUUACGUUUCGAUCUACUUUUUUUUAUUUCGCAUAUGUUUAGUCAUAAUUACGAAGUAAGAUAUGUACUGGUUAGGUUCUAUCCAUUCCAGAAAGUUCUCAUGGUAAAUUAAACAAAGUCGCUGGCAUAAGAUAGUAAUAUUCUUUAGAACAUAAUAUCACUUUAUUUGGAGUAGUGCAAAAACUGCCAUGUAGAUUCCAGUAAGCAUUUCAAUCAUUGCGCUAGGUUAAAUAGGACAUAACCGGGCGUAGCCGCUAGCAAUCCCUAGUGUUUUAUAUAUUGUUUAAAAAAAAUCAUUUAUUCAGAAAUUAGGCCUUCACAGGCACUUUUUCACGUCAUAAUCUAAAUUAAAUGAUGUUUACCAAAGCUACAAACUACUAGCAUUUCGGAACGACCACUGCUGAGAAGAAAUGCCGAAAGAAACUCAUUCAAACAGUGUUGGUCCCUAUUAUGCCAGAAGGGCUUACCAUUUUAAUCGGACAUAAAUAUUUAGACGAGCUGGAACAAGUUACAUUUAAAUAUAAAAUAAUUAUAGUAAAAUGUUUAUUUUAAGCGCUGAAGGAAGUUGAGUAUGCAAAAUGGAAUCAAUUGGAUAUUGUUAAAAUAAACAAGUUUUUUUUAUUAGUCUAUCGUUUAAACAAUAUUAAAACUAUUUUUAUAUGUAAACAAGUACAUAUAUGUACAAAGCAUUUGUGCAGUCAUAGCAUACACUUCUAAAUCCUAAGGGAACCGCAGUCCAACCGCGAAUUGGACAUUUUUUGGAACUUUGGACCAAUCGCCCAUUGGACCAUUGUAAUGACAGCGCGGCCGCGGCGGACGAAACGCUCUGAGAAUCCUCCACAAUGCUAUGUUAUUGAAGUAUAAUUACAUACAGGGUUACCAGUAAAAUAUCAUUUAUUUCCGCAGGCACUCAUGUUGACUUAAAAAUUAUAUUGAUCAGUUAGCAAUAAUAUAGAUAAUGUUAAUAUAGUAUUGCUUCGUAGGAAGCUGUUGAUAGUUCUAUUAUUUACAGUUCUAGGUGUUUCUCAGAAUAUCCCGACCGCUGCGCCCGCGCUGUCAUUACAAUCUAUCCAAUUCUGACAAAGACAAGUAUUAGUUUUACUAUCUGACUUGAAAAUAAUUAAUCUGUACUGUAAUAGUGUACAUUUUUUUAAAUAAUUGAUUUUGGAUUCCGUCUUUAAGAAAAUUCACGGAUCGUAAUGACAGCGCGGCCGCGGCGGACGAUUCGCUCUGAGAACCACCUUUAAAUAGCGGUAUCACUUUCAGGACUAUAAUGUUCAAUGUUUUUUUUUUUUUACUUACGUAUAGAAAAAACAUAAGUGUAACUUUUAAAUUUCCCGUUACAAUGUGCGUGUAUCCUAUGUGCCUGCGGGUAUGGAUGCGCAAACAUAGAAAAGCUUAUAAAGUAUUUAUUGUGACAGUUGAAACUCUUUAAAAAAUGUUGUUUAUGAUGAUGCCAGUUUUCUGGUCCUGCGAGUGCUAGAGUUAUAAGUAGCCCUGUAGAUGUAUGUCUAUUUUGUUAUUUAACACCAAAAAUAGAUUAUGUGAUAGACUAUAUAAUGGUUUUGUCGAAGUAUUUGUAAUUAGAUAGAAUUAUUAAGCAAAUGCAUAAUAUAUUUAUUUAAAUAUA